AUGCAUUUGAUGCUGGAACCUGCAGCAAGCCGGGAGUCAAGUGGUUCCAAGGCAGUGACCUCUGGCCUCCCAGCUUUGACUGGAGUGGUGACCUCUGAACGCCCUGCCGCUCAUGCUGGAUCAGCCAAAGUAGAGCCCAUUAACAACAGCCGAACCCACAGCCUUCCAGAAACCACCGGCAGCAUAACACAAGACACACGAAACCCAUCCUACCUGGACUCUCAUCCUCCUCUAACACCGCCUCUCCCUCCCCCGCCUCCUCCUGCGGCAGACUGCCCCGACUUCCCUCCUCUGUCACCUUCAGUCCUGCCACCACCUUUACCAUCUUCCAAGCAUACCUUCAGUCCUCCUUUAACACAGUCUCACGCAGAGGGCCUACAGCGUCCAAGCACCCUCAACCUGAAGACUCUGCCUCGUCCCAGCGUCAGGGAGAACGGUGGGCCCCCGCAGGGGAUCGAGGAGGAAGAGGAAGAAAGGAAGUUGCUGGAGGAGGAUUUGAAGAAAUGCAUUGAUGACUUCAAAAAGAUUCGCUUGCCCUCAGUGUUUCCGGAUCGCAAGAGGCAUUGGCAAAGUGACUUGCUCAAGAAGUACAAUGCAUAGAGCUCUGUGCCUCAAAACACGAUGCUCUCUUUCAAACUGUCUGAAGAUUUUCAGCAAGUUUUCUUAAACAUGGUAGCUUUUGCAUGUAAACUGAUAAAAUAUUCUGAUUGAGUGUAGUGUUUAGGCUGAGCUCGUCUAGAAAUCAAAGUUACACUAUCAAACCAGAGAUGUGUCAUUUCCCAUCAUAGAGCUCCCCUCAUAGAGAUUGUUAGCAGCACAUCUAUUUUCCACACAUCUAUUCGAAGACAUUAAAGCUAUUUUGAAAUCACUUUUCCUUUGGCUCAGUCAAAGGAUAAUAUGUGUAAUGUUGAUAAUAAGAGAUCUGCCCUGCUCUUUGUUCUGCUUUCACUGAUCAAGCAACUGGAAAAUGCAAGCUAAUUGUAAAAUUUAAGGCAUUUGACCUUGGUGAUGUAAAAUAAAAGAAAGACGUGAAAUCUCUUGUGCUAAUCAUCUAAAAAAAAAAAAACCUCCUCAUCAAUAUUAACCGUCUGACUUCAAAGCCUUUCUUCUCCGCACUGCAUGGAAUUCAAAAGCUCUGCAGUUUGCUUCGUUUUGUGAUUACAUUAUCUUCAAGUUAGUGAUGACAAGAUUCAGAACAAGAAUGUGGUGCACCGCAAAUGAAGUGGGUAACAACAUAUGGCCAGAAUAAUGGAAUAAUAUCGACAAUAAUGACGACAUGAAACAGUGAACAAUGCCCUUUGUUUCUCUAUCUGUCUGGCAUAAAAUGUUCAUCCAGCUUUUUCAAAGAAAUGCCAGGAGUCUGCAUGAGUGUACCUGGUUCCAGCUCUUAUCAAUCUACAUACAGGAGAAGAAGUAUUUGUUUAAACUUAUUAGUCAUUUAUUUCUUCUGAACAUCAAACUUGACACUUAGGGACACAUGCAUUCUCAUUUUGAUUGGCAGAUUUAGAUGCAAAGGUUUAUUAUUCAAAGAAAUGGUCAUGACUGGAGACAUUUUCA